AUGCAACAACAACAACAAUAGCAAUAACAAUAACAACUACAAAUUAACAUGACUUCCGAUGAGAAAGAUCACAUACUGUAACGAUUGAUCUUCAUUUUAAAAAAUAAGGAGAGAAAACCAAAAGAUCAAUUUAAAUAAAAAAAUUUCCAAGAAGAAACCUAAUUUGACACAAUAUUGGAUGGAUUAGAAAAAAAUUCUCAUAUUUCCGAACUAUCAUCAGACACUCAUUCAAGUUACAUUGAAAUUAAGAUUUCAGAUUAUGAAGCUCAAUUAUUAAAAAGCCUUCUUGAAAACUUAUAAAGAGAAGUUAAAGAAGCUUUAUCGUAACUUUCAGUUUAGGAGAAGAUUGUUAAAGGAUAAUCAGACUUGCAAAGUUAAUUAAUUUCUUAUGUUAUUGAACCAAAGAAAAGUUCAUAUUCAGAUGUUGUUAGACCUAAUAUUUUGGAAGAUUCUGAUGAAGAAAUAAAUGUUAGGAUUUAGAAAAAUAAAUCUAAAGGAAAAUCUUAAAAAAUCUUAAAUGAAAAAUAAUUAUUAGACACUCUUAAGAAUAUGAGAUCCACAUUUGAUAAACGUCUUUAAUAUCUUAUAUCAAUAAAAUAGACUAAUAAUAACCCUGCAAAUGUAAAGUUGUUAAAAGAGAAAACUCCUAAAUUUAGAAAUUAUUGUAAAGAAAAUAAAGGAGAUUCAAAAAUAUUAACAGAAUGUAGUCAAAUAAUAAAUGAAAUUCAAUCAAUUUUCUAAAAGUAUGAUUAAGAAACGCAAGGGUUAAUUUGA